AGCAAAGGGUUAACUCUGGGUGUUCCCCUUCCCCCUAGCUCCCUCCCCUGCAGAUAAUGUCUGUACUCUCUCCUCCCACCACUCCUGAGGAGCUCUGGAGGGAGUAAAGCAUUGUAAUUAUUCCCAGCAAAAGUGUGACAACAGAGAGCCGUAGCUCACCGAUUUUUUGCAGUGCAUUUCCAGGACGUUUUGGGGGGUUUUCUGUGCGUGUGGAAAGAAGGCCAGCCGUGCUGUUUGACACUUGGUUUGAAGAGGAAUUAUUCAGAACAGCAAGUUCAGUGUAUCAGAAUGGAGCUUCAGAAAUUGAACGGACACACACGAGAAGAUGGCUUUGAUGGACUGGAUGCCAUGGCUGAACAUGAGGAAUUUCUCCCGCAUAAAGCUGGUGCUAAAAAAGAAACCCACUUCACUGAUUUUGAAGGGAAGACUUCAUUCGGGAUGUCCAUUUUCAACCUCAGUAAUGCCAUCAUGGGUAGCGGAAUUCUAGGAUUGGCUUUUGCCAUGUCCAACACUGGGAUCCUUCUUUUUAUAAUUCUGUUGGUGUUCAUUGCCAUUCUGUCCGCGUAUUCAAUCCACCUACUGCUGAGAAGUGCGGGAGUUGUCGGCAUCCGAGCAUAUGAGCAGCUUGGGAACAGAGCUUUUGGCCCACCGGGAAAAAUUCUGGCGGGGAGCAUCAUCACAAUACACAACAUUGGAGCAAUGUCCAGCUAUCUCUUCAUUGUCAAGUCCGAGCUCCCGCUGGUUAUUCAGGCUUUUCUUGGUAAAUACGAAAACACGGGAGACUGGUUCUUGAAUGGAAACUACUUGAUCAUCAUUGUUAGUGCUGCCAUCAUCCUUCCUCUUGCACUCAUGAAACAACUUGGUUAUCUGGGAUAUACUAGUGGCUUCUCGCUUUCUUGCAUGGUGUUUUUCCUCAUUUCAGUAAUCUAUAAGAAAUUCAAUAUCCCUUGUCCGCUGGCGGACAGUCAGCACAACAUAACCCUAAUGGCCGACAAUGACACAGUCACUGAAGAUCCGGAAGACUUUUGCCACGCCAAACUUUUGACCAUCAACUCACAGACGGCAUACACCAUCCCAAUUCUGGCCUUUGCAUUUGUCUGCCACCCCGAAGUGCUGCCCAUCUACACAGAGCUACGAGAUGCCACCAAGAAGCGUAUGCAGAAUGUUGCCAACAUUUCCAUCUUGGCCAUGUUCGUCAUGUACCUGCUGACGGCACUUUUUGGGUACCUCACCUUCUUCGGUGCCGUGGAGUCUGAACUGUUGCACACCUACAUCCGUGUGGACCCCCUCGACGUGCUGAUCCUUUGUGUGCGCCUGGCCGUGCUUGUGGCUGUCACGUUGACUGUCCCUGUAGUUCUCUUCCCGAUCCGCCGGGCCGUACUUCAGAUCUUGUGCCCUGACAAGCCUUUCCACUGGGCCAGACACAUUUCCAUUGCGUUGUUCCUCCUCAUUCUGGUCAACCUGCUCGUCAUCUUCGUGCCCUCCAUCCGUGACAUUUUUGGACUCAUCGGAGCCACAUCGGCCCCCAGCCUCAUCUUCAUCCUGCCUGGAAUUUUCUAUAUACGAAUCGUUCCUGCAGAACAAGAACCUUUUCUGUCCAGACCCAAAAUUCAGGCUGCAUGCUUUGCUGCAUUGGGAUUCGUCUUCAUGGUUGUGAGUUUGUCAUUUAUCUGCAUCGACUGGGUGAGCGGAGAGAAUCGAAGCGGCGGUGGACACUAGUUGCUCGCUGAGAUCCCAGCAAUAACAAAAUGUGAACUGAAGCCCCUCCCCAUCAGUAAAUGUAUUGUUCUCCAGGAGCCACUCAGUACAUGCUGGCGUUGAAAGAAGAAAUUGAAAAAAAGAAUGGGACACCUGGAAGGCCCUGCAAUGGAAGAGAAAGCACGGACUGUAGUAACUGAAUUCACCCUUUGUUACAGCCCGAGAUAUACAGCACUCCAUUUUUAAUCUCGCAAAGGGAGUUAAGAAAAAAUAGCAACAGUCUGACUCAAUCCAAUCGACGGUAUGGAUGCAAAAGUUCUGUGGAAAAGCAGCAAGUCACUGCCAAAGUUCUCUAUAUCCACUUCCCAUCUCGACUUUGUAAUAGACAGCGGUGCCUUGAGAUACGAAUGUCAUGGCUGUUUGUAUGCCGCUCACAGUUAAGUUUACUGUCAAACUUAACAUAGCACAAAGAUAAUCACACCUUGUAAUGUGUAUUUAAAACAGGGGUUUCAAACUCAUUUUUGUCACGGGCCACUUUGGAGUUACAUCUUCCCUCAGAGGGUCGUUAUGACAGUGAAACAGAUUAAAUGUUUAAUCAUCACAUCGUAUUAUUACUUGUACACAAAAACAAAAAAAACCCCAAAAGUGAUGGCUCACUAGUUUUGAAAUCAGUCUUGUAUUUGUUAAAUUAUUGCUCAAGCGAGUCUAAACAGGAUAACAAACUUAUUGCAAAAUGUUACCGUUAUUUAUUACGUAUGACAAUUUGAGAUUUCCGUCCAGAUUUCAGCAAGGAUCAUGGAAGUUGACACAGAUAAUUUGCUUUCGCUGGCCACAUAAAAUGACAUGGUGGGCCAGAUCUGACCCCCGGGCCUUAACAUUGACAGAUGUGAUUUAAAAUAACCAAACCACCGCUUCAAGAAAGGCUCUACUAGUGUACUGCUACCAUACAAAGGAAAUCACCAUUGACAUGCUACUAUCAGCAUCGAUAGUUGCGGUUUUAAAACAAUGCAUAAGCAAUCCAUAUUUAAAGCCAAAUGGUGGCGGAACACAUGUGGACAGAUGAUAUAGCAAAAGUUAUAGAAAUAUAUACCUUAUCCUCUGCAAAAAAUGAUCAGCAUCUUAUUGAGUCACCUACUGUAAUUGUGAAGCUAUUCUUCAUUCAUGGGCGCAUGGCUAUAUUAUAUUGCCAAGGCAAGACUGUAUUUUUCUUAUUAAAAAGGGAGGCUGGAGCAGAUUAAUGGCAUUUCCAUUCAUUUCAAUGUGGAAAGACGAUUUAUGUUAUCAGUGAGGUCACAGAAUGAAUUAAACUGGUAUCUCAAGGCACGACUGUAAGUUAGGCAGUAAGGCAACUCGUUAGUCAUCAAAAUUAAUUCAACAUUUCAUUUGCCGCAUGCGUAUGACCCCAUUUCAGAGUUUGGUUCCUCCAUGGUGAAAUUUUGCAUUGAACUUUCACCUAAAAUAAGAACGACGAGAGUUAGUGCCACGCUGAGGUUUUUAGAAAAAUGUGCAUUUUGCUGACUUUAACAAUGAGUUAUGUGAAAUAUUACAAACUUACUCUGACAGUUUGUGGAGGUGAGAUUAUUAGAAGUUGCGUAGGAAAAAAAUGCUGCAACCAAAAAUGAUGCAAUUUGUGGGCUUUUGCCACUGUAAAAGAAGGUCAAUUUUGUCUGUGGUUACAAACCAAACAAUGAAUGCAGUUACUGUAACAUGUUAAAACCAUAGAGCACGGGUGUCAAACAGGGGCCAUGUUCACCCCAGUUUGCUGUCAAGUGGGACCAAAUUAGUUAUAGUUACUUUUCGUGAAAAUUUGCACUUGAGUUUUUUUCCUUAUUGGCUGGAUUGGAUUCCGGGAGGGGCUGGCUCUGGCCCACGGGCCAUACGUUUGACACCACUGCCACCAUGUGUAACACAGCUGGAAACCUCAUCCUGUUUGUGUUAAGCUUUUCCGAUAGAAACAUGACAAUCAAUGGAAUUUGAACAGUAAAUUAAGUCUUUUCAUGUCUGUAAAUGUUGACUAAAAUCUAUGUUGAAUUUGUCUGUUCUUCCUGUACAGUUUUAAAUUAAUUUAAACUGUCUGUCAAUAAAGUAUGUCUCAUUUGUA